UUUGACGCUGGCCCCCUAAUAGGUCUCUGCACAUUUUAGUGCUGGCUAUGAGCCUAUUCAUAACUGGGGUGGGGGUGGGGGAUAGGAUUUGAGGAUAAGAGUGGGGUUAGGCUGCAGCAAUUUGCAUCUCUAGUCAUGAACAACAAGGAAGAGGCGGGGCUCAUGUGUAAUGUAGCAUAAGGGGAGGAAUUGCUUAUGUAACAGACAGCAGAUUUAGCAGGAGGAGAGAGGAAGCAGAGGCUUUGAAUGGGAACAGUGAGCUGUCGGCAGGGGCAACAUGCCCCGGUGGCUGCUUCUCAUAAGCAGGGUGGCAACAUCCAGGGUGCCUGGGUCCGAGGCUGGAAGAGCCUCUGGUCAGGUGUGGGGACUACCAGGUCAGGUCUGGAAGAGUUGUGGGGACUACGGAGACAUCAGUGCCUACACCAGGAACCCCCGGAGCUGGCCCCAUUGCUAAUAGAGAAGCCUCUGUCUGAGUGGCCAGUGCCUCAGUUCGUCAACCUUUUUCUGCCGGAGUUUCCCAUUAGGCCCCUGAGGGGGCAUCACCAGCUGAAGAUUUUAGGCCUUGUGGCUAAAGGCUCCUUUGGAACAGUCCUCAAAGUGCUAGAUUGUGGCCAGAAAGCAGUAUUUGCAGUGAAGGUAGGGAUCCAGGUGGUGCCCAAGGUAAAGGUCCUACAGAGAGACAUCCUGAGGCAAUGCAAAGAGGAAGUUAGCAUCCAGCGACAGAUCAAGCAUCCUUUUGUACACAGUUUGGGGGACAGCUGGCAGGGAAAACGGCACCUCUUCAUUAACUUCUGGUACUUUGCAGUGUGCAGCUACUGCAGUACAGAUCUGUACUCCCUCUGGUCCUCUGUUGGCUGCUUUGCUGAGGCUUCCAUCCGCCUCUUUGCUGCUGAACUGGUUCUGGUGCUGUGUUACCUCCAUGACUUGGGCAUUAUCCAUCGAGAUGUGAAGAUGGAGAAUAUCCUUCUGGAUGAACAAGGCCAUCUGAAACUGACAGAUUUUGGUCUGUCUCGCCACCUACCCCAGGGAGCCCGAGCCUAUACUAUUUGUGGCACUCUUCAGUACAUGGCCCCAGAGGUCCUGAGUGGAGGGCCUUACAACCAUGCUGCUGAUUGGUGGUCCCUGGGUGUCUUGCUUUUCUCUCUGGCAACUGGGAAGUUCCCAGUGGCUGCAGAGAGAGAUCAUGUGGCCAUGUUGUCAAGUGUGACCUACUAUGAUUCUGAGAUCCCAUCUUCUCUUAACCAGGGGCUCUCACUCCUGCUCCAUGAGCUCUUAUGCCAGAAUCCCCUCCAUCGACUACGUUACUUGCAUCACUUCCAGGUCCACCCUUUCUUUCGGGGUGUGGCCUUUGACCCAGAGCUCCUCCGGAAGCAGCCAAUGAACUUUGUCAUGGAGACACAAGCUACUCAGCCCACUCCAUCGGAAUCCAUGCUUUUCAAGGAUUUUGACUGUAACCUGGAGUCCUACCUGAACCAUCCCAGCCUUGCUUGAGCCCCUCUACUGUAGAUUGGGGCCCAUCUGGGAACCUGAGGAUUUCUCCAUUGCCAACUUAGUAUGACUACCUUAAUGAUCCAGUUACCAUUCUGUUCUACUUAUUGGACCAGAGUUCAAAUCUUGGACAUUCUGCUAUUGGCAGCCACAAUGGCCCUAUCCCUCCCCACCCUCUAAUACAACCCAGCUCUCUUUUUUUAGUAUAUGUGCUGCCGAAGCGAGUAUAACAACCCAGCUCUCAAUUCAACAUCUCAGAGUGUUGACCUUUUCCUUUGCUUCAUUUCUCCAGUGCUCAUACCCUGAAGCUUUCAGUCAGAGGCUUAUUCUACUUUUCCCUUUCCUUGUUUCUCUGCCAUAUUUCCUUUCUUUAUUUUUCUUUAUUAUAGGGGAGGGGUAAAGGGAGACCAAGAAUCUUAAGCAGGCUCCAUGCCCAGCUCAGAGCCAAUA